UAUCAUAAGUAGUAGCAAACAUAACAUUGGCUCUCAUAUUCUGUGCGUAGAAUCUAACCUAACCUCUCAUAUAAUACAUACAUUAUAUACGCCGAUAUAAGGGACAGUUGUGUGUGUUUUGAUCGACACAUUACAUAUUACUGUACUGUACUCUCUGUCUCUCUCUCUCUCUAAGAAUUGGUGAUCUGCGUCAACAGUGUUUGAACGGACAUCAGACCUAUCAUUUUACUUAAGAUAACAAACAAUUCAAUUAUUUUUUUAAAAAAUAUAAUUGAAAUUAAUUUUUUAAAAAUCAUUGAAAAAUAAUUUUCUUCUAAAUCAAUCAAUUGAUUUAAACAACAAGAAUCUCUUAAAACAACUAAAAUAUUUGGAUAUUUUUCUGAUUUUAUUUUCUGUUGACUUAUCAUUUUAAUUGUUAUCGACGACUACGACUACGACAACGACAACGACAAAGAUGUCUCAACUAAGUCAGGUUAGACAGAACUAUGACCAGGAAUCAGAGGCAGCCGUCAAUAAGCAAAUCAAUCUGGAAUUGUAUGCCUCCUAUGUCUACCAGCAAAUGGCCUAUCACUUUAACAGAGACGACGUCGCGCUCCAGGGUUUCCAGAAUUUCUUCCAGAAGUCAUCGGACGACGAGCGACAACACGCCCAACGAUUGAUGGAUUUUCAAAACAAACGCGGAGGUCGUAUAGUACUACAGGACAUCAGCAAACCAGCCAAACAGGACUGGGCGUCGGGACUCGAGGCCAUGGAGGCGUCGCUCGAAUUGGAAAAGACUGUCAAUCAGGCUCUGUUGGAUUUGCAUCAAAUCGCUCAGAAACACAACGAUCCCCAGUUUCAAGACUUCUUGGAGACCCACUAUCUGACAGAACAGGUAGACUCUAUCAAACUGAUUGCCGAUUACAUUACUAAUCUGAAACGUGUUGGCACUGGACUCGGAGAGUACAUGUUUGAUAAGGAGACGCUCGGCUCAUCCAAUUAAAAAAAAAAGAUGCCGGUGCCGUACAAUCACACAAUGUUUGGGUUUUUUUUUGGUUUUAGAUUUGUCACCAAAAUAAAAAUUUAACCAAAAAUUUUUUUAUUACACUUAUUAUAUAUACUUACACUACAUUGUUAUGGAUAAUAGUUUUUUUCUCAAUACCAGUCAUUGAAUUGAUUCAGUGAUCAAUUGAUUGUUUAUUAAUUAAAUAUUUUAAUUGAUAUUUAUAUUUUAUUAUAGCACAUAUGUAUUCUGAUAAUACAAUUAUUGUAGAAAUAGUUAAUAAUCUAUUUGUUAUCUAAUAAUUAUUAUAAUAUAAUUUUAUUUAUCCAAACAAACAAAUACGAAACAAAGUUGU